UUCACCAAUAAUAUUUACUUUGUUGGAAAAUAUCUUCCUUCCUUUUCUUCUCUCACCGAAUUCUCAGUAAAAAUCUUAUUCGUUUCCUUAGCUUCCGUAAAAAUCUGAUCUUUCUUUUUAGCUUUGAUUUCUCGCAUACUUGUGUUGGUGUCCCUUUUUCCAAUUUCCUUUUCUUAUUCUGCGUUCCUUCACUUUUUUCGACAAUAAUUGUCACCAUUAAAAAGUUCUCAACUUUGCCUCUCUCACACACGCACACACUUGACAGACUGAAGAAAUUGUGAAAUUUUCUAGACUAGUUCUGUAACAACCCUCUGACACGAUUACUGUGUGAUCAUCUUAGUUUUAUAACCCUCAACUCAACUCAGCAAUGGAGAUGGAAGAAGAGAAGAGAGUGGCCAAACCCUUGAAGAGAAGGCCAGAGGCUUUGGAUUCUGCACUGCCUGAGGCCGACCAGAUGGAUACAGAUCGUGUAUCGAUUCCCAGAGAGUAUCAACUGAAGGUGUAUGAGGUGGCAAUGAAAAGGAACACUAUAGCAAUGUUGGAGACUGGGGCUGGGAAAACUAUGAUAGCCAUUAUGAUGGUCAAGGAAAUUGGUAGAUCUUUGAAGAACAAAGAUGGUGGCAAAAAGCUGAUUGCUUUCUUGGCUCCCACUGUUCAUCUUGUUCACCAGCAAUUUAAGGAGAUACAAUCACACACAGAUCUUCUUGUGAAGGAAUAUUAUGGUGCCCUAGGAGUUGAUGAUUGGAAUGCCGAAAUUUGGGAGAAGGAGAUCAACAACCACGAUGUGUUGGUCAUGACUCCGCAAAUCUUAUUGGACGCUUUGAGGAAAGCAUAUAUAAGUUUUAAAGUAUUUGGUUUCAUUGUCCUAGAUGAAUGCCACCGAGCCAGUGGUAACCAUCCUUAUGCAAAAAUAAUGGAGGAAUUUUAUCACAGAUCUUCGGUAAGACCGAAGAUUUUUGGGAUGACUGCUUCUCCCGUAAUUAGAAAAGGUGCCUCAUCCAUUAAAGACUCAAAUCAACAAAUAGGGCAGCUUGAAAGUUUGUUAGAUUCCCAGGUUUAUACAUUGGAGGAAAGAGUAGAAAUUGAGGAAUAUAUUCCCUCGGCCAAGCCAAUGUGCAGAUUUUAUGAUCCGUUACCUGUCAACUUUGAAAUCAAAGAUAAAAUAGAAUCUGCAUUGUCUAAGUUCAAUGCGGUUUUGCUUGGAGUAAAAGAGUCCCUGCCAAGUCAGGACACAGAAAUGGCCAACAGAUGCAAGUUGUUGCAGGAUAGAAUGGCCAGCGAUCAUUCAAAAAUUGUGUUUUGCUUUGAAAAUCUUGGGCUGCUAUGCGCUUAUGAGGCUGUUAAAGUAUGCAUGGAAAGUGCUCCUAAGGUUCAAGAAGAAUGUGAGGUUUUUAAGGAAGGCGUCAUGCAAUAUGAAAAGUUUCUUCAGGAGGUUCUUUCAAUAAUCGAAGGAGCUCUAGAUGAGUUUUUGAAGGUUCAUCUUACAUGGAAUGCAAAUGAGCAUAAGAAUCUUCUAAAUGUGAAUGGUGGAUCAGGUUCACUAGCUACAGGCCAAAUAUCUCCGAAGCUAGUCGAGCUACUUGAAAUUUUUAGAUCGUUCGGGAAAGAUACAGAGCUUCUGUGUAUCAUAUUUGUUGAAAGAAUAAUUGCUGCUAAAGUAAUCGAAAGAGUGAUGAAGAAAAUAGACAAUUUAUCUCAUUUCAAUUUUUCAUAUUUGACGGGAAGUAAGUCUGGUGUCGGCGGUCUUUCAUCUAAAGCACAGUUGGAUAUUCUGGAAUCAUUUCGUAAUGGGAGGGUAAAUCUUCUAUUUUCCACUGAUGUGCUUGAGGAGGGAAUUGAUGUAGCCAAAUGUUCCUGGGUGAUUCGCUUUGAUCUACCAAAGACUGUUCGUAGUUAUAUUCAAUCACGGGGGAGAGCUCGCCACAAGGAUUCUCAUUACAUCACCAUGCUCGAGAGAGGAAAUGCCAAGCAGAUAGAUCAUAUGCUUUUCAUUACUAGAAGUGAAACAUCAAUGAUACAUACAGCCGUGAAUCGAGACCCCGGUGAUUCUCCAGUUAAAGCUUGCAAUACAAACAAAGUAGUUUCAUAUGUUGUAGAAUCGUCUGGAGCAUCAGUUACAUCAGAUUCCAGCAUCAGCCUCCUACAUAGAUACUGUCAAAACCUACCUCUAGACAAAUCCUUCUCUCCAAAGCCAAACUUUGAAAUCUCGACAGAGGGAAAUCUGUAUCGAUGCAAGAUGACUCUACCUCCCAAUGCAUCUUUCCAAACUAUAAUCGGACCUGCAGCACGCAGUCCUAAUGUAUCUAAGCAGCUUGUUUGCUUGGAUGCGUGUAAGAAGUUGCAUUUGAUGGGCGCUCUUGAUGAUCGUUUACUUCCUUCAAAGCAAGGGUCCGCACAGAAGGAUUCCACCUUGAAAGGCAACACAAAACUGAAAAAAGUCAAAGCAGUAACCGGGUCCGCUCAGAAGGAUUCCACCUUGAAAGGCGACACAAAACUGACAAAAGUCAAAGCAGUAACCUCAGGGCCAGGGACAACAAAGAGAAAGGAAUUACACGGUUCAAUUCGCACCCGCAUUUUAUCAGGAACUUGGGGAGAUAAACUUGGUGAUGUCAUUUUUCAUGCAUACAAAAUUGACUUUGCUUGUAAUAUUGCGGAACAAAAAUAUUCCAGUUUUGUACUUUUGAUGGAGAGCAAGCUAGCCGAUGAUGUGGCAAACAUUGAAGUGGAUUUGUACUUGCUAUCUAAAUUUGUUAAGGUUUCCGUUUCUUCCUGCGGCCAAAUGCAUCUCGAUGGACAACAGGUCGAGAAAGCUAAAUGUUUCCAACAACUAAUUUUCAACGGUUUAUUCGGGAAGUUGUUUGUCAAAUCAUCGGGAAAAAGAAAAUUCAUAUUUGGCACGGAGGCAUUGCCGUGGGAUCCAUCACAUAUGUAUUUACUUUUGCCUUUGGAGUCGGAGGAUAUAGCUACUGAGCUACCAGUGAUCAGCUGGUCAGGAAUUGAUUCCGCUGUUACAACUGUAGAGUUUUUAAAAAGUAAUGCUCUGUUGAAUCUUCAGCAACCUGCAACAGUUGAUGAAGAUACGUCAAUUCAUAUGCACGAUCUAGAUGAGACUAAACUCAGUAGUGAUAUCAUUCACUUGGCCGACAGAUCUGCAACUGUAGAUGGAAUCAAAGAAAUGGUGGUUGUAGCCAUUCAUACCGGCAGAAUUUAUUCGAUUGUGGACAUUGUUAAUGGUACAUCAGGUUCCACCCCUUUUGAAGGAGAAUGCGAUGAAAGUUAUUCAUCCUUUGCUAAUUAUUACUACAAAAAGUAUGGUAUUGUUCUAAAGCAUCCACAGCAGCCUUUGUUGCUUCUGAAGCAAAGCCAUAAUUUACAUAAUCUUCUUGUGGACUUCCGAAAUGAAGGUGAUUCACUAGAGAAAGAUGCAGGCGGCAAAGUGACUGUCGAGAAAAAGCCUCAACAACGUGCUCAAAUCCCUCCAGAACUUGUAGUUGGCACCGAUAUCACUACAUAUAUCUUGAAGUCAUUUUAUUUGCUACCGUCAGUAAUGCAGCGGCUGGAAACGCUAAUGUUGGCCAGCCAGCUCAGGGAAGAAAUUUCUCUACAUGCAGGCCAUUCCAGUAUCUCAAGCUCGUUGAUUCUGGAAGCUAUCACUACGCAAAGAUGUAACGAGAGUUUCUCCAUGGAGCGACUAGAGUUGCUUGGCGACUCGUUCUUAAAGUAUGCCGUUAGCUGCCACCUCUUCCUUAAGUAUCCGGAGAUGUGUGAAGGACAAUUGACUUCACAUCGUACUCGGAUCAUUUCCAACUCGGCUCUCCAUAAAUUUGGAACAGAUCGCAAGCUGCAGGAAUAUGUACGGGACUGCCCAUUUGAGCCACGCCGUUGGACUGCUCCAGGACAAAGUUCAAUAUGGCCUUCUCCAUGUGAGCAUCAGUUGGAUACGAGGGAAGUGCCUCUCGUUGACAGAUUUUUUAGUGAAAACACCAACGUAAAGCUUGGAAAGACUUGUGAUAAAGGUCAUCGUUGGAUUGUUUCAAAGACCAUAUCUGACUGCGUUGAAGCUCUUAUUGGGGCAUACUAUGAAGGAGGUGGUUUGACAGCUGCAAUUAGUUUGAUGAAGUGGCUUGGCAUAGAGGUCGACUCUGAACAUUUUUUGGUAGACGAUGCUAUCAGAACUGCAUCUCUCUAUAGUUAUGCUCCAAAAGCUGAGGAUAUCAGUAUUCUAGAGUCGAAGCUUGGGUAUAACUUCUCCACAAAAGGAUUAUUGCUGGAAGCAAUAACACAUGCUGCAGGAUCUGAAAAAGGUGCUGGCUAUUCUUAUGAGCGCCUCGAGUUUCUUGGUGAUGCCGUGCUUGACAUACUUGUCACACGUCAUCUUUAUAUGAACCAUAGAGAAGUCGACCCCGGGCUGCUGACAGACAUGCGUUCUGCAUCCGUGAAUAACGACAACUUUGCCCUGGCUGCUGUGAGACAGAACCUUCAUCCGCACCUUCAGCACGUCUCAUCGUCUCUAGAGAGCCAAAUUUCAACAUUUGUGAAUCUUGUAUCUAGCAUGAGCACCUCAGCAUUAACACCAGAUAUCAAAGGUCCUAAGGUGCUCGGGGACUUGGUGGAAGGUAUAGCUGGUGCAGUGCUCAUUGAUUCUAAACUCAAUCUUGAUGAAGUUUGGAGAGUCUUUAAACCUAUACUAUCUCCUCUUGUGACUCCUGAGAAACUUGAGCUGCAACCCUCACGCGAACUGACUGAGCUGUGCGACUCUCUUGGUUACUUCAUCAAACAACAUUAUGUGAUGAAAGGUGAUGUUGUGCAUGCAGAACUGAAGUUGCAGCUCGAAAGCGUGCUCUUAAAUGGCAAUGGCGUUGGACCUAACUCGAAAGCUGCAAAGGGAAUGGCAGCUCUUCAGUUAUUGAAGAAAUUAGAGUCGAGAGGAAUAAAAUCUUCCAAGCGGCCAAAGCACGACUCCGAUGCAGAAGCCCCAUCAUUUGCAGUGUCGGAUGAUGGCAUUCACUGCAAGCAGCUGAGUGAAACCUCUGGAUCAGUCCCCAAAAGGCAAAAGAUAGUUCAAUCGCAGCAAGAGAGCAUCGUAGAUUCAUCCAGCACAGAGUGCUCGUCUCAGAUGGUGGACAUUCCAGUGAUUCCGCCGAUCGAGAUGAAGAAAGGGGGGCCACGGACCUCACUCCACACCCUAUGCAUGAGACUGCAGUGGCCAGCGCCUAGUUUCCAGACGACGGAGGAAAAAUCAAGAAUGGCCUUCACAUUUGGUGACACGACGAGCUUCUGCAGUUUCGAGUCACAGAUCAGCUUGACCAUACCCAAUUCAGGCAAACUGGAGCUCAUGGGAGAGGCCAGAGGUGAUAAGAAGAGCUCGUACGACUCUGCUGCACUCCUGAUGCUGUAUGAACUCGAGAGACUGGGGAUGAUCAGAAUAGGCGAAUGACCGGUGAGACGAGCAACAAGGCGAAUUGACGGUACCAUCGGAAAUAAGGGUAGUGCAAGGAAAUACUUUUUUGAUCAUUUCAGACCUUGAUGUGAUAACAGAUUCAUCAUGUAAAUGUUAAUGCAGUACUGGCACAUGUAUAUAUAUUUUUAACCGGCAAAUUCGGUAAAUGUAUAUAUAUUUUUAACUUGAA